AUGAAAAGAGUUGCAGCAAAGUUUGUACUUCGCUUGUUCACAGGAGAUCAAAAGCAGUCACAUCUCAGUGUAUGCCGGGAACAGGAAGAACAGUCAGAAGUUGAUCUGGACAUUUUUAUGAAGGUCAUCACUGGUGAUGAAAAUUGCUGCCAUGGUUACAACCCAGAAAUGAAGCAACAAUCAAGUCAAUGGAAACAUUUAAUGUCACCACGACCCCAAAAAGAACGUCAAGUGAAGUCUAAUGCCAAGACAAUACUGGUUUGUUUCAUCAAUGUGAAAGGAAUUGUCCGCAUAGAAUUUCUUCCUCUUGGUCAAACUGUUAAACAGACAUUUUACUUGGCAGUUCUGAAAUGUUUGUGA